AUGAAGUUCCUCAUUUUCCUAGCUUUCUCCAUCUGCUUAGUUUCUGCUCAACAACUAAUUGAUCUGAAAACUUUUCGAGGAGAAAAUUUCAAAAAUUUUAUAAAUGCCCAUGCUCCGUACGACGUAUUUGUGUCCGCUACAAGUGAUGAUGCAGAAAUUCUGUCUCAAAUUCAUUUGAUAACACAGGAUAAGCAGAAUCAGACAUUUCUACAACUGAAAAACCGAAAACCCUUUCUCACCACCAGUCAAAUCCAACCGUUUCCUGUACAAACUUCCGCCUAUGUAACCACGAAUUUAACAGAUCAACAAGUUGAAAAUUUGACUGGGAUGAUAUUCAUAUGCACCACUAAUCAGCACCAGAUCAACAAUUUCCAUGUUAUCGAUGUCGACAAACCGCAAACUUUAUACCUCCCCAACGAAAAUCAAACCGUUUUAUUUUUGAAUUCCAAUAUGGAAAGUACACCAGUCCAAUACUCAACAAUCAGCUCUUGGAAUCAGUCUUCAAAUUCUUCGAUAUAUUUUUACAAAGGAAUUCCAACCGAUUUACCCGAAAAAGAUCGCACUUUCAUUUUUUCAAAUCCAGUGAGCCCCACCAGGGCAACCGAUCAUACCAUUGAGUUUUUCUCAAAUGUACAAAAAUUUUCGUUGGGCCUCGGCGCAUUUUAUAUCAAGUAUUAUGGAGGUCUAAGUUUUAAUAUUGCUCCAGAGUACUAUGAUGUCAAUGGAACUUCUACAAACUCCACAACUACAACUGGAUUUUAUAUGAAGCCAAAAAAUCAAAAAGACCGAAAUGUGACUAUACAGAUAGCUCAAAACUCCAAAGACGUUGCUGGAGUUACUGGAUCUAAUGUAAAUUUUUAUCCAAUUUUUUUUCUCCAAUACUAA